CCCAAAACCUAAACGGCGUCUUGGUAAACGCCGCUUCAUCUCCACCUUCUUCCUUCGUUUUCAAAACCCUAACCCUAAAAAUGAGAGAGUGCAUCUCGAUCCACAUCGGCCAGGCCGGAAUCCAAGUCGGCAACGCCUGCUGGGAGCUCUACUGCCUCGAGCAUGGGCUCCAGCCAGACGGCCAGAUGCCUAGCGACAAGACCGUCGGCCGCGGCGACGACGCCUUCAACACCUUCUUCUCCGAGACCGGCGCCGGCAAGCACGUCCCUCGCGCCAUCUUCGUCGACCUCGAGCCCACCGUCAUCGACGAGGUCCGCACCGGCACCUACCGCCAGCUCUUCCACCCCGAGCAGCUCAUCUCCGGCAAGGAGGACGCCGCCAACAACUUCGCCCGCGGUCACUACACCAUCGGCAAAGAGAUCGUCGAUCUCUGCCUCGACCGGAUCCGGAAGCUCGCCGAUAACUGCACCGGCCUCCAGGGGUUCCUGGUGUUCAAUGCCGUCGGAGGGGGUACCGGGUCGGGUCUCGGGUCGCUUCUGCUCGAGAGGCUCUCGGUGGACUAUGGGAAGAAGUCGAAGCUCGGAUUCACUGUGUAUCCUUCUCCUCAGGUUUCGACGUCGGUGGUGGAGCCUUAUAACAGUGUGCUCUCUACUCACUCGCUGCUUGAGCACACCGAUGUGUCUGUUUUGCUCGACAAUGAGGCUAUCUAUGACAUCUGCCGCAGAUCCCUGGACAUUGAGCGCCCUACUUACACCAAUCUCAAUCGCCUAGUCUCUCAGGUGAUUUCAUCUUUGACUGCCUCUCUGAGGUUUGAUGGUGCUCUGAAUGUGGAUGUGACUGAAUUCCAAACCAAUUUGGUGCCAUACCCAAGGAUCCAUUUCAUGCUCUCCUCCUACGCUCCUGUGAUCUCUGCAGAGAAAGCAUACCAUGAGCAGCUCUCAGUGGCUGAAAUCACCAACAGUGCUUUUGAGCCAGCUUCUAUGAUGGCCAAGUGUGAUCCUCGCCAUGGCAAGUACAUGGCCUGCUGUUUGAUGUACCGAGGAGAUGUGGUACCCAAGGAUGUGAAUGCGGCUGUGGCCACCAUCAAGACCAAGCGUACCAUUCAGUUUGUGGACUGGUGCCCUACUGGGUUCAAGUGUGGUAUCAACUAUCAGCCACCCACCGUUGUUCCAGGAGGUGACCUCGCUAAAGUGCAGAGGGCUGUGUGCAUGAUCUCCAACUCCACCAGUGUGGCUGAGGUGUUCUCCCGCAUUGAUCACAAGUUUGAUCUGAUGUACGCCAAGCGUGCUUUUGUGCAUUGGUAUGUGGGUGAGGGCAUGGAGGAAGGAGAGUUCUCUGAGGCACGUGAGGACCUUGCUGCUCUGGAGAAAGAUUAUGAGGAGGUUGGUGCCGAGUCUGCUGAGGGAGAUGAUGGCGAUGAGGGAGAUGAGUACUGAUUCUGUUGCUAUAUGUUGGUGCCUUCAAGUUUCUUUCUAUUUUACUGUUAUGUUAUGUAAUGCUUAAUGCUGGAUAAUUGGUGUGGGUUUGUGGUGUAUGUGCAUCAUACCAUUGUAGCACAAGCACUUCUAUAUUUCUAGUAUGUUGAACAUUUUCUAUUGCUUCUGCAAUAAAUC